GUUGGAAGUUACACAUACGGAUACUCAUAGUUCACAAUGGCGUUGCUAGGGGAUACCCGGUUCCAGCUGCCGCAAACCAUUGAAGCUGCUAAGCUUCUCGAACCAGACGAACCUUAAAGAUGGCUUCACACACUUCGUGUCCCAACCAGCUGAGCAAACUGCAGUGCUCCUAUCAUCCUGAGGCAAAUUUGAUUGACGAUUACCAUACCGGAGAUAUGAUCUGUGGCGACUGUGGACUUGUUGUCGGUGAUCGGAUUAUAGACUUAUCGAACGAAUGGCGCACGUUUAGCGAUGAAAAGAGCCGGUCGGAUCCAUGCCGUGUCGGUAGUACGGAUCCGUUCUUGGAGGAGAGUGAUCUGCCAACGAUUUUACAGUGCCCUCAGGGCGAGCGUUUUAAUGAUCACACGCACACCAAAUUCUACAAAAUGCACACCAACAAUUCCAAAUUAGUGUCCGGCUUCGCCGAAAUAUCCACCAUGGCCGACCGUAUCAAUGCACUGAAAUCGAUCACCAAUCAUGCGAAAAACAUCUUCAAGCGUGUGCAGCAAAUUAAGGAACUGCGCCACCGGUCGAUAGACGCCAAGGCAACGGCCAGCCUAUACAUCGCCUGCCGUCAGGAAGGCGUUGCCCGAUCGUUCAAGGAACUGUGUGCGGUAAGCUCGGUCAGCAAGAAGGAGAUCGGUCGUUGCUUUAAGCUGAUCGUCAAGACUCUUGCCACCUCGCUCGACCUAAUCACGUCGGACGAUUUUAUGUCACGGUUCUGCACGAAUCUACGUCUUCCAAUGGUGGUACAACAGUCGGCAACGCAUAUUGCACAAACUGCCUACCAACUGGACAUCGUGUCGGGACUGUCGCCAAUCUCCGUGGCGGCUGCCGCCAUCUACAUGGCAUCGCAAGCAUCAGAAUCGAUGAUAAGCAACAAAAACAUUGCGGAGAUUGCUGGUGUGGCGGAGCUGACUUUACGGAAGGUUUACAAGCUGAUGCUUCCUUACGCCGAGGAGCUGUUUCCGAAGGAUUUUAACUAUUUCAGACACAUCAACAUGUUGCCACGGUCGUAAAGCAAAGGCCCAUUUAGCUCGGCUUCUUUCAGCGAUUGAUCUACGCCAGUCGUUUAGUCGUAUUAAAUAAUUUAUUUUCAUACAUUAGGUUUCAUUUUCCAUACCCUUCUUCUAGACCAUGCUUGAAUAGACGUACCGAAGGCUUUGAAAGGAUUUGAAUUAAACACUUCGUUAGCGACACUCGCUCAAUGUUUAUUUCGAACCCCUCAAACUCCCAGCUGUACUAGAGCAUUUUUGUACAACAUAUCAUCAUGACAAGUACUUUGUUUCCAUAACUAUUUAUAUAUAUAAUACUUUCCAGUUACAUACCACCCUGUGGACCCAAUCGGCCCUCCCCCUUUCCUAUCUGCCCCUUAAUCUUCGCAUCUUCACACCCAAACUGUUUGAGUGCUCAUUCCUGCCUAUAUAGUAUAGUUUCGUCCAUUCAUUCAUGCUAUCGUAAGUCUGCACCAUUUAGCGGAAGUUUUUGAGGGUAUAAAUGUGCCUUUCCUUUAUACGGCGGCUAGGGUUCUUUUUUUUCCAAGAGAUUUCAUCGUCCGCUCUCUACGUUUCCCUUUCUUUGCCUCAUCUUAUAGUUUACGGUUCUAAAAAUUAUUAUCAAACAAGUUAUAUCCACGCCUUGAAGUUCCUUUGUCCAAGGCAGACAAACGCAGACUUUGGUGUGGUACUGAUUAAGAUAUUCAAGAUACUCGUCCGGUUUGUGAUUCAACUGCUAUAAUUCAAAAGAACUAUGAACUAAGAAUGCUGAUGAGAUGUCGAUAAAUAACAUAGACUCUCUACGGGAUAAGUUAGUGGUCUGGAUACAUUCAACUUGAGCUAAUGUGGGGUUUUGUGUGGUAACAAUCGCGUGCAAACGUAUGAAAACAUUUCAAUAUUCUGCAUCAUCUAGGUCGUCCGCCAUUAUAAACGCUACUCCUGAGGGGAUAACUUAAAGACCGCGCCCUGGGCUAACGGUUAGGUCCAGUACCCGCUACAUCUCUAAAAGGGGGUUGUUGCUUACCCUUUGCUGUAGGAGUGUUUGGUUGAUAUUUUUGUAUGGUUUUAUAAACCAGAUGCCUUGUAGGGAAAAGGAAUGGGUCGCAUACCGCGCUUGAUACAACCCAUAAGUACAUAUUGCUUGAUUUGCUGUGUAGUGUAA